AUGAUGGCUAAUCAUGCUGGCGACAUAGUCGUGGUGUACGUAACGAAAGCGCUUUGGCAAGAGUUUUGCGAACGACAUUGGCAAGAGUUUGAAGAGUUUGAAGAACUUAGAAAUCAGCACGGUUUACAUUCCCAUAGGAAGACGUCAAUGGUCGUUGAUCCGUCACCAUCUGUACAGCGAUCUCGCACAGUGGCAAUCGGCAACCCAACAGCCAACAACAUGAGCGAUUCCGUCCACAGCGAUUCGAUCAACUAUCUCUGA